UUAAAUGAUCACGAGCUUCAUAAAAAAAUGUGGAAUAGAAGAUGGAAAGUUAAUAGAGAAUAUAAAUUCUCAUUUAAAUAUACAGCAAAAAGAACCUAUGAUAUUGAAGGUGUCGACAGUUUAUCAAUUUAUAUACAUAAACCUCAAUCAAUGCAAACCCAACAUAUCAGGUCAUCUACAUUCGAGCUCCAUUGUGAAACUACCGGAAGAAUAAUCAAAUCUAUCGAAAUCCCAACCAACCUAUACCCAUGUUAUAAGGUUCAAUACGAUAAUAUGCCUCCAAGCUCGAGAGUUACAAUUUAUCAUAUAACAGAGGGUGAUAUGUUUUCAAAUGCUUUGGAGGAAGUAGACAAGGAUGAAUAUAUCGAGUAUACACCAAUAACCGAACAAGAAAUAUUCAUUUACACAAAUCCAGAUAAUUUGUGUGACCACGAUUCUGAAGAAUUUGGUCGAUUCAUUAAAAAGCAUAGAUUAGAACCAAUAGUUUUCUCCGAUGGCACAAAAGAAUCUAUCAUUUGUUUUUGUUAUAGAAUAUCACUCUUUAUAAAAAAGCACAUGACCUAUAGCUCUCAACAUGGGACCCAAAAGGCAGUUAAGUGUUAUGAAACAGGA